AUGGAAGGAGAAAAGGCACGUGAGAAGGAUGGCAAGCUGUGCCCCAUGAAAACCUCACGCGCAAUGUUUUAUGGAUCCUCCUCCACCAUGGCUCCACCAUCCAAGAACCGCCUGAAGCGCCAGAGCCGGAUUUUCUCCCAAGUCUUGUACCGGACGCUGAGCUACAAGGACCGGAGCUCAGCCUCUGCUUCCCUGGCAGCCGAUGAAGAUGACCCAGCCGAGCUCUCCACCCAGCUCUCGGCGCCCGGCAUCCUGAAGAUCUUUGGGGGCAACAUCUGUGCGGGCACCAACUACAAGAGCGUGCUGGCGACGGGCAGCUCGGGUGCACGGGAGCUGGUGAAGGAAGCCCUGGAGCGCUACGGGCUGAGCCAGCUCAGCGCUGGGCAGUACGCCCUGUGCGAUGUCAUCGGGAGGUUCGAGGGCCCUGAGAAACAGUGGCAGACGGAGGGGCUGAGGGUCCUGGGUGACCACGAGAAGCCGCUGCUCAUCCAAGACCUCUGGAAGCCGAGGGAGGGCUUCUCGCGGCGGCUGGAGCUGCGCAAGAGGGCAGAGGUGGAGGAGCUGGCGGCCAGGGACGUGGACACCACCACCGCAGGCGGCGCCUUGCGGUCCCCCCUCUCCCAGCCCCCGCACCUCCUGCUCCUGCAGGGCUACAGCCAGCAGCAUGACAGCUUGGUUUACCUGCUGGACCGUGAACAGCACACAGUAGGCCAGAGGACGCAGGCGAGCAAGCCCAGCAUCAGCCUGUCAGCCCCCGACAUCUUACCCCUGCACUGCACCAUCAGGAAGCUCCGACCUUCCCGGCAUCACUGGGAGGAGAAGCUGGUGCUGGAGCCCAUUGCUGGUGCCGGCAUCUCCGUCAACUUCGCUGAGGUGGCCAGGACGGUCGUGCUGCGGCACGGGGACCUCCUCUCCCUCGGUCUUUACUACCUGCUCCUCUACAAGGACCCCAUGAAGGCGCAGCCACUGCCGGCACAGACCCUGCUGAGGCUGCGAGCCCUGCACCCCGCUGUCCCUGAGGGUCCCUCCGUCUGCGGGGCGUGCGGCAGCCUGCUGAAGGAGAGGGACCCUGCCAGCAAAAAGCGGGGCCCAUUGCCCGUCAGCGGCCCCAGGGUGCCCCGCAGAAAGCUGCUGCUGGAGUUCGAACCAGCAGCUGAGGACGUGCUCCUGCGGCGCAUCAUGACCCUGAUCGAACCAGGAGGGGACGACUACAAGCUGACACCUGCCUUCCUGCUCUGUCUCUGCAUCCAGCACUCGGCCACCAGUUUCGAGCCGGGUGACUUCGGGCAGCUGCUGCUCAAAGUGGCCAAAAUGAUCCAGAGGACGGUGUGGGAGCGGACACGGGAGCUGGCUGAGAAGCAGUCCCAGCACCAGGACCCUGCCACCCUGUCCCGCUUCACCAUCACGGACCUUCUUCCAGAUCUGCAGCACAUCCUCUUCUGGAUGGCCAACGCCAUCGAAGUCCUCUACUUCAUCCAGCAGAAAUCACCCACCUACAUCCAGAGCAUGGAGGAGGAGCUGGACGUCAGAGGCUCCAAGGAGUCUCUGUUCUCCUCGACCAUCACAGCCAGCGAGGAGGCGAUGACAGUGCUGGAGGAGGUGAUCAUGUACACCUUCCAGCAGUGCGUCUACUACAUCUCCAAGUGUCUGUACGUGUCGCUCCCUGCCCUGCUAGAGUGCAACCCCUUCCAAAACGAGUGCCGGGAGAGCUGGCAGGCAUCCCUGCCGCUGCCCAAGGAGCUCCACAAGGUCGUGCUCAUCUACCAGGCGGUGCUAGACCUGCUCCGCCAGUAUGAAGUGCACCCGGAGAUCACCUCCCAGAUGUUCGCCUACCUCUUCUUCUUCUCCAACACGCUGCUCUUCAACCAGCUCCUGGAUAAGGGCUCCUCUCUUGGCUGCUUCCACUGGUCGCAGGGGGUGAAGCUGCGGGCCAGUGUGCGGCUGCUCCUGGAGUGGCUGCGCGGCGCUGGCUUCGAGCAGCUCGCCCAGCAGUUCUUUGCCAAACUUGCCAGUGUGGCCAACCUGCUAGCCAUGCCUGGCUCCCAGCUGGUCCAGAUGACCUGGCCGUCCCUGCGAGCUGAGUUCCCGGCGCUGAGCCCCGCGCAGCUCUACCGGGUGCUGAGCCAGUGCCAGGCGGUGAUGGAUGUGGGCUGCAUCGCAGCGUGGCAGCCCGGCGAGGAGGAGAGCCCAGCCACCUUCCAGCCUGAUGAGGUGCUAGAGUCCUUUGACAACCACCCACCCAUCAUCCUGCCCAGCGGGGGCUUCAAAGUGGACCUGGAAGUGGAGACGUUGGACGACAACAUCUACCGGCACCUCCUUUACAUCCGCCACUUCCUCUGGAGCCUGCAGAGCAAGAGCCCCCACACCAGCGAGGGGCCAGGCUCAGCACUCCCAAAGAAAGAGGCAUGCACAAAGCCAGAUGUCCUGGAGGUGAGUGAGAGCCCAGCUGCUGCGCCGGGAAGCACCAUCACCCAGGAGGACUACUGCUCCCUGGGGGGCUGCGCCGAGCCGGAGGGGAGCCCCCCGCUCUGCCUGGCCACCAACGGCUGCCCCUGCGAGCACCCUGCCGGCGAGCCGCAGCUCCAGGAGAAGCUCAAGCAGCUGCAGCUGGGCAGGGGUCCGGCCCCCAAAGCUGGCAUGGCACCCACAGACCCCUCCUGCCUGCUGACACCACCCACCACCCCUCUGAACUUCGACUCCGGGAGCCCAGAGUCCCCGCAGAGCACUGGCAAGGGGCUGCAGGACCCCCGGAGGAACGGGAUGAAUGGCACCAAAGGCAGCACCCCUGAAGGAUGCUCGCCAACCCCCUAUGACUACCCCACGCCAGAGUCUUCCAGCUGCAGUUCUGCCACCGAUGACUUCUGCUAUGUCUUUGUGGUGGAGCUGGAGAGAGGACCCAUCGGGCUGGGGAUGGGGCUGAUUGAUGGCUUGCACACUCCUCUCUGCUCCCCGGGGAUCUACAUCCGCACCCUGAUCGAGGACAGCCCCGCAGCCGCCGACGGCAGGCUCUCCAUCGGGGACCGCAUCCUGGCUGUCAAUGGCACCAGUCUCAUCGGGGCAGACUACCAAAGUGCGGUGGACCUCAUCCGCUCCGGAGGGAAGAAGCUGCGGUUUCUGGUUGCCAAGUCGGACAUGGAAAUAGCCAAAAAAAUCAGUUCCAGCUCCUCUUCCUCCUAG